GCUUACGACACUUCCUUGAGCGAAAUACAUUUUUUUUUCCAUUUAGCAUUUGCUUGACCAAAAACAAGCAUUGACUUGGUUCUUCAUCCAUCCAUGGCUCUUGUGAGAACAUCUCCAGGAACCUCCUUUGAUUCCAACACUUCUCGGGGUUACCGGUACGACGUGUUCUUGAGCUUCAGAGGCGAAGACACUCGCAAGACUUUUACCGACCAUCUCUACACAGCCUUGAACAACGCAGGAUUUCUCACGGUCCGAGACGACGAUGAACUUGAGAGAGGAGAAGAUAUCAAGCCAGGACUGCAGAAAGCGAUCCAGCUGUCACGAGCUUCUGUUGUCGUGUUUUCGAAAGAUUACGCGUCAUCCAGAUGGUGCCUUGAUGAGCUUGUGCUGAUCCUUGAACGCAGGAGGACCACCUCGGACCAUGUAGUUUUACCAGUCUUCUACGAUGUCGAUCCGUCCCACUUGAGGAAGCAGACGGGAAGUGUUGGAAAAGCAUUUGCUAGGCACGAGAAAACUCAGUCGCUGAAAAAGGUGAAGGGAUGGAGGGAGGCAGUUGCAGAGGUUGCAGAUCUAGCAGGCAUCGUCUUACAAAAUCAAGCUGAUGGGUAUGAGUCAAAGUUUAUCACAAAAAUUGUUAAAGUGGUUGGAGACAAGCUAAGUUGCUCACCAUUUAGUGUUGAACCAAAAUUGAUUGGAAUUGAAUCUCAAGUCGAAGACAUCAAUUUGUGGUUACAAGAUGGAUCAACCAAUGUUGGUAUACUGGUUGUGUAUGGCAUGUCUGGAAUAGGGAAGACAACCAUUGCAAAACAUGUUUACAAUUCAAACUUUAGAAGCUUUGAAGGAAGUAGUUUCAUUGAAAAUAUCAGAGAAACAGCAGAUCAACCAAAUGGCUUAGUUCAAAUACAAAAGCAACUUCUUGCUGAUAUUUUGAACGACAGAGAAGUGAAAAUACAUGGUGUUAGUGAGGGACUAAGAAAGAUUGAAAGAGGCAUAAGCUCUAGAAGAGUGCUUCUUGUUCUUGAUGAUGUGGACCAUAUGGACCAAUUAGAUGCAGUACUAAAGAUAAAAGAUCAGUUUUAUCCGGGAAGUAAGAUACUUAUAACAACUAGGCGUGAAAGGUUGUUAAAGGCACAUGAAGUUAUAAAGGUGCACGAAGUUGAAACUUUGGAUUACAAUAAAUCAUUAGAGCUUUUCAGUAGGCAUGCUUUUGGCCAGGACCAACCCCUUGAAGGUUACAUUGAAUAUUCAAAAAGGGUUGUAAGUCACUGCGGCGGACUUCCAUUAGCUCUUCGAGUUUUAGGUUCUUCUUUAUCAGGGGAAAGUAUAGAUGUAUGGGAAAGGGCAUUGGAGAAGCUAAAAGUUAUCCCUAAUGGUGAAAUCAUGAGUAAACAAAGAAUAAGCUAUGACAGUUUACAAGAUGAUCAUGACCGGAAAUUAUUCCUCCACAUUGCUUGUUUUCUAAUAGGAAGGAACAAAAGCUACAUUGUUAGAAUACUCGAUGGAUGUGAUUUCUAUACAAUUGUUGGCAUUCAAAAUCUCAUUGAUAGAUGCUUGGUGACACUUGAUGAAUACGGCAAGGUGAAAAUGCAUGAUAUGAUUCGUGAUAUGGGAAGAGAAAUUGUCCGCUUGGAAUCAGAAGAGCUUGAGAAACGUAGUAGAUUAUGGCACCAUAAGGAUUCUUUCAGAGUAUUGAGGGAAAAGAAUGGUACACAAACAAUUCAAGGUCUUGCCCUGGAUAUGCGUAUGCAUCUUGCAAAUAGACCAAUAAACACAAAUGAGACAGUCUUGGAAACCAAUGCAUUUGAAAGGAUGCGCAAUUUACAACUACUCCAUCUUAGUCAUGUACGGCUGGAUGGAUGUUAUGCAGAUUUCCCUACAAGAUUAAGAUGGUUGUGUUGGCUUCAAUUUCCUUUGGAUUCUAUACCGAUUGAUUUUCCUUUGGGGUGUCUAAUUGUUCUUGAAAUGCAAUACAGUAGUUUGAGACAAGUUUGGAAAGGAACAAAAUUUCUUCCAUCAUUGAAGUUCCUUGACGUCAGCCAUUCCCAUGCCCUCACUGAAAUCAUGGACUUCUCAUUUUGCCCCAAUCUAGAAGAAUUGAUUCUUGUUGAUUGCACCAGCCUGAUCGAUGUUCAUGAAUCCAUUGGAAAUCUAGAGAGACUCGUGUCCUUGAAUAUGAAGGAUUGCAAGAAUCUUAGGAUGCUUCCGAAGAAUAUUUGUUUGCUUAAAUCACUUGAAACACUCAUUUUAUCUGGUUGCUCAAAUCUUUAUGAGUUUCCAUUGGAGAUGAUAAAGAAGAUGGAGUCUCUGAAAGUUCUGAAAACAGAUGGUAUUCCAUUAAGGCCAGAAAGAUGUUCAACUAACUUGAGUUCUUUUCCUUCCUCUUUAGUAGAGUUGAAUCUCAGUAGGUGCAAUCUUUUUGAUGAUGCCAUUCCUACGGAUUUAAGUAAUCUAUCCUCGAUACAAAGACUAUAUCUAGAUGAGAAUCCAAUUUGUAGCCUACCAGUUUUCAUCAAAGGUUUGAGGAGGAUCGAUGAACUCUCUUUUUGUAAUUGUAAGAAGCUUGAAUCGCUUGUGGGGUUGCCGAGAGUACAUGAAAAAAUGGACGUAUCCGAUUGCAUAUCAUUGAAAAAAGUAACAUAUCAAUCGUUUGUGGCGCUCCAACUACAGGCCUUUGGGAAUGACAACGACAACAUAGUUGAGUGGGAGUACAAUUUCAAGUUAGAGCCUAUUGAUAGAGUUGAUGUGGAAAUGAUCAAACUUUUGGGCUUGUGCAACUUGGGAUCCUUGCCACCCAUUACAAUGAACGCAUUUCCAUUCUCAAGCUAUGGUUCAAAAGUGAGUCCUGUUCAGGGACUGUAUCAAUAUGGUAUAUUCAGCACAUUUUUUGUUGGGAAUGAGGUUCCAGGCCGGUUCAGCUAUAAAAGUACCAAGUCCUCCAUAUCUUUUAUUGUCCCUUUUCUCCCUUCUAGUCACAGAAUCCGAGGCUUGAACAUCUUUGCUACCUAUGCAAACAAGGAGAAUUCUAAUUAUAAUGAUGAUGAUGAUGCUGAUGAUAAACCUCCAAUGAUAAUCAAAGUGAGUAACAAGAGCAAGGGUCUGAAGUGGAUCUAUUUCCCAUUAUUCUAUGGUAUCCCAGGCGACGAAGAAGAUAUGAUAUGGUUGAGUCAUUGGAAGAUGGAGAACGAAACAAUAUUACAAUGUGGAGAUGAAGUGGUGGUUUCAAUAGUGGCCGGACCACAUAAGUUGUUUCGGAUAAAGGAGUUUGGUGUUGAGCUUAUGCAAGAGUACCAGAAUAAUAUGAUUAUAAGUACCCAACACAACACCAAAUCAGUUCCUAAUUAUCCAGCUGUCAUCGGUGGAGAUUUGUCAAUGUGGGAAAUUAUACAAGGAAUAUACACACUUGGUUUCCUCGGAGAAAUUGUAGAAGACACAGAUGACUAUGAGCAGAGAUGGUUCAAUCGCCUCAUCAUGGACAAUGAUGAAGAAGACACAGACAAAGAAGGGCAAGAGGAUGAACCUGAUUACACAACUGCAAUUACGAAGGCUGCCAGUAACAACUGCGGCCUCAGAGGCUGGAAGGUUCUUGUCACAGCUGCCGGAUUAGUGUUCACACUUGCUUUGGUAGUUCGGUCCUCCAUCUCCCAGAAAAAGAAGCGACAAUAAUCCACAAGCCAUCCAUGAGUUUGUAAUUUUAUUUGAUCCAGACAUCUUUGGAUUCCCUCCUUGUUUUCAAGAUGUUUUCUGCCUUCAAAAUAUCAAAGUUUCAGAUGUGUUCAACUUCAACAUCAUCAAAUAUUGAAUAAAUAUAGCAUAAAAUACAUACAA